AUUUCUAAACUCAGUGUGCAACUCAAUACUUUAUUAAUUCUAGACAUAUGACAACACACGUGAUAACAAAUACAGUACAAAGUAUACAUUAAUAAUUUGCAGUACAUAUAAUUAGUUCGUUAACUGAUCAAUUGGUCUCCCUCUACAAUAAUUAUUAACGAGUUGAAAGUAAAAAUAAGAACUCUCGUCUACUUAUCGUGGAUAGCAUUUAUUUAGACGCCAGCACAAAUUGCGACGCUAAUAUUACUUUUUACACUAUAUAAUUGAUAAUUAUACAAUUAAUACCUUUUUUUUAGUAACAGAGCAAAUCUACUUGGAAUCACAUUUGGAAGCCAGUAUAUAUAUGGGGAGAUCAGACUACACAUUCAACUCAAAAUAUAUAACCAUUUAAUUUUUAUUCACAAGAUUUUCAAAUACAAAAUUUUCAACUGUGUAUUGAGAUCAGUGAUCUUCAAAAUUAAAGUCUCGUCAACACAAAAGUCUAGUUAACCAUAGUUCAAAAUAUAAAUAUAAAAGAUUUACUUAUUAAUCUCCCAUUGCACACGUGGAAGUUUUUGUUGUAUCAGAAUAAAAAAUGAAUAGUGGAGAAAAUUAUGAAUAUGAUGAAAUUCAGCAUAAGUGGGAGCUGUCAUCAAUACCCGAGGGUCCAAUUGGAUGUUGUAUCAACUCGGACUAUUUUAAGUUUCCCAAUAAUGAAGUUGAAUUUCGCAUGGGCUUCGUUAGACACUCGGAGGGGAUAAAUCAUGAUGUGUUUUGUGCAAAAUUUGAAAAAACAGGAGCUCUUAAAGGUAAAUUGUACGUUGCAUUUAUUUUCGAUGAAUGUAAAAUUAUCACCAUGAUUGAUUGGGAAGAAUUCAAAGGUUCGGUUGUAUCCCAAGUACUCAAUUUUUUACCUGCUUCGAUUACUUGUGUUGUGAGACUUGAAAAGUUAUUCGAGAAAAAUGAGCAAGAGCUGACUUUAUUUAUGCCUGGUUUGGAUAAUAAUUUAUUCUCGUCCGAAUUAUGUGAUAUUAUUGUAAAAGUCGGCAGUGAAGAACUUCUUGCCCAUAAAUUUGUACUCGCUUACCACAGUCCGGUUUUUGCGGUGAUGUUCCAUGCAGAUACGAUAGAAAGACGCACAAAUCGUAUCAAUAUCCAGGGCUUUGAUGUUGAUACCGUAAAAGAAGCUUUGAGAUUUAUGUAUUCGGGCGCAGUGGAACCGAUUGAUGACGGCGAUCUACUUUUGAAAUUGUUGUCGUUUGCUCACAUGUUCCAAGUAGAUAAAUUGAAGAAUUUUUGCGAAUUCGAAUUAACGGAAUGCUUAAGCGUUGACAAUAUCAUUAAAAUAUUGGUGGGUGUUGAUAAUUACGAUGUAUUUUAUCUGAAAAACAGCGCACUGGAAUUUAUAUCAAAAAAUAAAGCCAAUAUACCAUUUGCUGAAGCAAUUGAACAAGUGCAUAAUUCACAAGUAUUGUGGGAUUUUUUCAAUCGUCAAGCAGGAAUGAAAAAUUGAGAAAAGUCUUUUUAUAAAAUAAGAUGUUGUUAUUUUUUGUAUAUAAACGAUACUAAAUAUUUAUUUAAUGUAAUUUUUAUAUUUUAAUGUUCUGCGGAUGAUCAUGUAAAAAUAAUUGUACUCGUAAUAGAAAAUUGUAAAAUGGAAAAAUCCAUAUAAGACUUAAUCCAAUUAUAAUUGAAUUCUUAAGUAAAUUAGAUGUUAUUUAUUUAUAUUGAUUCUAUAAGAUAGAUGGUAGCGUAAAAUUGAAAUUUUGUUUUCAUCUCCUUUUUGACUCGUUGCUAUUCGGCCCCGUAUCACUUACGUACUGCUGUUGUAAUAGAAUUCAAUGGUGCUGGAUUCUUAAAAUCUCCCACCACCACUACAAGAUUAUUUUUCCAGUCGGAAGUCAGCUAUAAUUUAAGUCUGCACGUACAUGUAUAUAUAUUGUUUUUUAGUUUUACUUCGCAUAUGUGUUCAUACUUUAUAGAUAUAUGCUAUAGAAAAAAACUUGAUUUAUAUACAAGCAGAUCAGUUAUUAAAUAUUUAUUAAUAAUAAUAAUAAUAAUUUAUAAUCGUUAAUAUUAUUUAUACGAUUAUCAAAAAAGUAAAAUCAUAUGUUUGAGAGAAAUCUUAAUUUUACGUAUAAAAAAGUUGAUUUUGAGGUUAAAUAUUUGUUAAUUAUAAAAUACAGUGAAAAGUAUCUAAGCAUUGAAAAAUAAUCUUAUAGAAAUUAGAAUGACUCAAGGUUUCCAAAUAAAUUAUACUUGGGAAAUCCCAAGUCCUCGGAGUAAGAACGAAUGGAUGUCAUCAAAGUUUUUCACUCUGCCGAAUUAUGAUAAAAUUUUUUUUUCAAUACACUAUCAAGUCAUGGAAUCAAGCAGACAAAAGAUUCAUUUGAAAAAAAAUGGACUUUUUAAUCCUACUACAACUAAUGUAACCAUGAAGUUUUUAAAUGAAACUGAAACUCGGACAAUCAAGAAUUGGGAAAAUCACAAUGUUGUCGAAUUCUUUAGUCAUUUCAGUAAUCCCAUUAAUAAUAUUACUUGUGAAAUAUUGAUGGAUAGAAUAGAUUUUGAUGAAAUUGAUGAAUCGACAUUAUCCUCAAGUUCAGUCCACCGCGUGGAUAACUACUUACUUUCAUCGUUAUUGAGCGAUGUAGUUAUUAAAAUUAAAGAUAAUAAAGAUCAAUUACCAGCUCAUAAACUCAUACUUGCUUCACACAGCUCUGUUUUUGAGAGAAUGCUCAAUACAGAUAUGAGAGAAGCUAAAGAGAAUUGUAUUUGUUUUGAUGGAUUUGAUAUUGAUACUAUCAAAGAAGUCCUUAAAUUCAUGUAUACUGGCCAGAUUGAAGCAGAAAAUGAUUCUGAAGUUCUUCUUAAAGUAUUAACAUGUGCGCAAAUGUAUCAAAUUGAAAAGUUGAAAAUCUAUUGUGAAUACAAACUGAUAAAAAGUUUAAGUGUCAAAAAUGUUAUUAAAAUUCUGAUCGAAACUGAUAAUUUCGAUGUACCUAAGUUAAAUGAAAAAGCAUUAUUGUAUAUUAAUCUUAACAAAACUCGUUUAUCAUUUGCUGAUGCGGCAAAAGAAUUGAACAAUUCAAAAGUUUUGUUAAAGUUUUUUAUUCAACAAACAGAAAUGAAAGCAGAUUAAAAUUUUGAAAUAAAUAUUUUGCUACUGCAGUAUAGUGAGGUCCGGAAAAAAUAAAAGUUAAGAAUUUUCUAUUCAAAAUUAAUUUCGUAGAAAUAAAAGGAGAACAACUAUAGAUUACGUUUGUAUAUUUUAUAUACUUUUAUAAAGUAAGAGACCCAGUAUCCGAUCACUCAUGUAUUUGUAUAUUUAUAUUUACUGGAGUGAUCGGAUACUAGAUUUCACAUCUAAUAUCUAAAAAAAUAUGAUUAUAAAAAUGUUCUUUAUAAAAUAUGU